AUGUCCAUCCUAGAGUUGGAUGUUACAAAUGAUCGUUCAAUCAAAGACUGCGUGGCGACCAUCAUGUCCAAUGAAGGACACAUCGAUAUAUUGGUCAACAACGCUGGAAUCACACAUUACUCACCAACCAUUGAGUUACCUGAUGCUGAGGGCCGAGCAAUCAUUGACACCAACUUCUUUGGACUGAUCAAUGUAACAAAGGCAGUGUCAAAGAUAAUGAUUGAUCAACGAUCGGGAUUGAUCGUGCAGUUGGGUAGUGUCUCGGGCUUGGUGGCCAACCCUUUCUGUGCGAUGUAUUGUGCGAGCAAGGCGGCCGUACACGCAUGGAGUGAUGCACUACGUAUGGAGUUGGCACCGUUUGAUAUCAAGGUGGUAAUAGUCAAGCCUGGUUGUGUAAAGACAGAGUUGGCAAACAAUGCCAUACCCGAGAUGAACCUGCGACUGGACAGCUACGGAACGUUGUACGAGCGAAUCAGAGAGUACAUUAUCAAACGAUCGACCUACUCUCAGGAGCGUGGCAUUACAGCCAAGCAGUUUGCCGAUCAAACCAUCACAGCGGUGUUGAGGGACAAUCCACCAGCGCACUUUGCCGCGGCGCCCUUGGCCACACUCAUGCGCAUCUUCUCUCAUCUUCCAUCAUGGGCCUCCGACUACUUCCUGUCACGUAUCUGUGGUCUAGACAAGCUUGCUCAGAUGGUCAAGCGUGAGACUCAACACCAGCAUCAACAAUGA